AGCAUCAAAAUGAAAAUACCACCUUUCCAAGGUAGAACUGACCCUGAGGUUUAUCUAGAGUGGGAGAAAAAAAUAGAGUUGGUGUUUGAUUGCCAUAAUUACUCUGAGGAGAAGAAAGUGAAGUUGGCGGUAAUUGAAUUCACUGAUUAUGCUAUUAUUUGGUGGGAUCAAUUAGUGACCAAUAGGAGGAGGAAUUAUGAGAGGCCUAUAGAGACAUGGGGAGAGUUGAAAGCUCUCAUGAGGCGGAGAUUUGUUCCUAGCCAUUACUAUAGAGACCUUUACCAGAAAUUACAAAAUCUUACACAGGGGUCUAGGAGUGUAGAGGAUUACCAUAAGGAGAUGGAGGUGGCGAUGAUUCGGGCUAAUGUAGAGGAGGACCGAGAGGCCACCAUGGCUAGAUUUUUGAGUGGGUUAAAUAGGGACAUAGCCAAUGUAAUUGAAUUACAACAUUAUGUGGAGAUAGAGGACAUGGUGCACAUGGCUAUGAAGGUGGAGAGACAAUUAAAGAGAAAAGGGACAGCAAGGUACACUUCGGUUUCUAGCACUACUUGGAAAUCAAAAUGGGAUAGGAAUGAUCCAGGUGAAGCAAAGAGAAAGACCGAACCACCUAAGGGAAAAGAUGAGGGAACUAGCAACAAACCCAAGGUAGAAUCCCAACCUUCACGGAAUAGAGAUAUCAAAUGUUUUAAGUGUUUGGGUUCAGGGCACAUUGCUUCUCAAUGUCCAAAUAGGAGGGUGAUGAUUAUGCGUGACAAUGAAGAGGUGAUGACUGAGAGUGAGGAUGAUAGUGAUGAGGUGCCCGAGUUGGAUGAUGCUAGUGAUGAUGAUGGAGUGGUAUACCCUGUGACAGGUGAGUCUCUUGUUGCCAGGCGUGCUCUUAAUGCACACAUUAAGGUGGAUGAUGCAGAGCAACAGAGAGAGAACAUUUUCCAUACUAGAUGCCAUGUCAACAAUAAGGUAUGUAGUAUGAUCAUUGAUGGAGGGAGUUGUACUAAUGUGGCUAGCACUACUUUGGUUGAGAAAUUGAAUUUACCAACCUUAAAACACUCUAGACCAUACAAAUUGCAGUGGUUGAAUGAUUGUGGAGAGUUUAGGGUGGAUAAACAAGUGUUAGUUACUUUUUCUAUUGGGAAGUAUCAGGAUGAGGUGCUUUGUGAUGUUGUGCCUAUGCAUGCGGGCCAUAUUUUGUUGGGGAGGCCAUGGCAGUAUGAUAGGAGGGUGACACAUGAUGGGUUCAAGAACAUGUACAGCUUUGAAAAGGAGGGCAAAACAAUUAAGCUUGCUCCUUUAACUCCAAGCCAGGUCUAUGAGGACCAAUUGAAAUUGAAAAAGAAAAAAGAAAGAGAGUCUUCUGAGAGAAAAGGAAAGGCAAAAGUGAGUUUCUAUGCAAGAGAGAGUGAGGUUAAGAGGGCUUUCUUCGCAGAUCACCCUAUGAUUUUUCUUGUCUAUAAAGAGUCUUAUCUUACUCUUGAUGAAACUAACCAGUUUCUUCCUAGUUUGGCUGUUUCUUUGUUGCAGGAGUUUGAGGAUGUAUUCCCGGAUGAGAUGUCAAAUGAGUUGCCACCCAUUAGAGGCAUUGAGCACCAGAUUGAUUUUGUGCCCGGGGCUGCUAUUCCAAACCGACCAGCCUAUAGGAGUAAUCCAGAGGAGACAAAGGAGCUUCAGAGGCAAAAGGAUGGGACGUGGAGGAUGUGCAUUGAUUGCAGGGCGGUUAACAAUAUCACGGUAAAGUAUCGCCAUCCCAUUCCUAGAUUGGAUGAUAUGCUUGAUGAAUUGCAUGGCUCAUGUAUUUUCAGUAAAAUUGAUCUUAAAAGUGGGUACCAUCAAAUUAGAAUGAAAGAGGGUGAUGAAUGGAAAACUGCUUUUAAGACUAAAUAUGGGCUUUAUGAAUGGUUGGUUAUGCCAUUUGGACUUACAAAUGCGCCCAGUACUUUCAUGAGAUUAAUGAACCAUGUCCUACGUGCAUUCAUAGGCAAGUUUGUGGUUGUGUACUUUGAUGAUAUCUUAGUGUACAGCAAGAACUUAAAUGAACAUAUUGACCAUUUGAGAUAUGUGUUUGAUGUGUUGAGAUGUGAAAAGUUGUAUGCUAAUUUCAAGAAAUGUGCCUUUUGCAUGGAAAAAGUUGUUUUUCUUGGUUAUGUUGUUAGUACGAAGGGUAUUGAGGUGGAUGAAGAGAAAGUCAAGGCCAUCAAGGAGUGGCCAACGCCAAAAAGCAUCACUGAGGUAAGAAGCUUUCAUGGCUUAGCAAGCUUUUAUCGGCGUUUUGUUAAAGACUUCAGCACCAUUACUGCACCACUCACUGAGGUAAUUAAAAAGAAUGUUGGGUUUCAUUGGGGGGCUAAUCAAGAGAAUGCUUUUGCCACUAUUAAAGAAAGGUUGUGCUCUGCACCUGUGUUAGCAUUACCUGAUUUUAACAAAGCUUUUGAGAUUGAAUGUGAUGCCUCAGGAAUUGGGAUUGGAGCCGUUUUGAUGCAAGAUAGGCGUCCCAUAGCCUUCUUCAGUGAAAAGUUAAGUGGGGCAUCCCUGAACUACCCUACUUAUGACAAAGAGCUUUACGCUCUUGUUCGUGCAUUAGAGACUUGGCAGCACUACCUAUGGCCAAGGGAAUUUGUGAUCCACACCGAUCAUGAAUCAUUGAAGCAUCUCAAGGGUCAAGGUGAGUUGAAUAAAAGGCAUGCUAGAUGGAUGGAAUACAUUGAGACAUUUCCCUAUGUCAUCCGUUACAAGCAAGGUAAGGAGAACAUUGUUGCUGAUGCUCUAUCCCGGAGGUAUGUACUUCUUACUUCUAUGAGUGCUAAAAUGCUUGGGUUUGAAUAUGUGAAAGACAUGUAUGCCGAUGACGCUGAUUUUUCUAAUGUGUAUGUGGCAUGUGAUAAGGCGACAUUUGGUAAGUUUUACAAGCAUGAUGGUUAUUUGUUUAAAGAAAGCAAACUUUGUCUGCCAAAUUGUUCUAUGCGUGAGUUAUUGGUGCGUGAGGCACAUGGUGGGGGAUUAAUGGGACACUUUGGUGUCAAGAAAACUUUAGACAUUUUGCAUGAACAUUUCUUUUGGCCUAAGAUGAAGAGAGAUGUUAACCGUAUUUGUGGAAGGUGCAUUACAUGUAGAAAGGCCAAAUCUAAGGUUUUGCCACAUGGGUUGUAUACACCCUUACCCGUUCCUAGUGAGCCAUGGGUAGACAUAUCUAUGGACUUUGUUUUGGGGCUGCCUAGGACCAAAAGGGGUAGAGAUUCUAUUUUUGUGGUAUACUCUCCUUUCGAAAUUGUUUAUGGAUUUAAUCCACUUACUCCUUUGGAUUUGAUGCCUUUACCUGUUGAUGACAGGAGUAGUUUGGAUGGACAAAAGAAGGCGGAGUUAGUGAAGUCACUUCAUGAGAGGGUACGGCUUCAAAUUGCCCAAAAGAAUGAAAGGGUUGCGUCCCAAGCCAAUAAAGGACGAAGGCGUGUCAUCUUUGAACCAGGAGAUUGGGUUUGGGUUCACAUGCGCAAAGAAAGAUUCCCAGCCCAUAGAAGGACUAAGUUACAUCCUCGAGGAGAUGGACCUUUCCAAAUUCUUGAGAAAAUUAAUGACAAUGCAUAUAAAGUGGAUCUUCCAGAUUCGAGGUCGAAUCCUUUUGAGGAGAGGGGGGACUUAACACCAAGGGCUCAAGGGGAAAGGUUCGCAAGGCACUCCCGCCCCAAUAGAAGUGAAUCUGUUGCGGACAUGGUUGGGUGUGGAUCGUCGCUAAUUGGUCUGACUUGGAAAAAGAAGCUCAGUCGAGGCAUAUGUUCACCUUCUAGGCGAAAAAGGAAUCUGAGAGAUGGAAGUCUGAGAGGGUUGGGCAGAGACAGAUUCUACUCGGGCCCAGUUGUCCAAUCUUUGGGAGAAACUGUGCUGGCUACCAAAGAUGGUCGACGAGGUGUUGGACUUGAGCUUUACAAAGCACAAGGGGCUUUGGAGGAGCUUUCCCAAAGUCAUAUCAUAAGGAAGAAAGACCUGAAGUGGGUAGAAAAGAAUCAGAAGAAACUGAAUGACGCUUUGCUACAUCUCAAUGUGAAGGUCAAGAAGCGGAACCAACAGGUGUUGGAGUUGGAAUUGGCGCUGGCCACCUUGCAGGAGCAACUUGUUCGUUUGUCCCCUCAGCUCAUGACAGAUAGGUCUGUAUGUGACCAUGCCUUCGGUUACAACUGGGAGGCUGGCGUGGUGCAGCUUAGGUCUUUCUUAUUGGUGAACCCUCAUGCUAAGCUCAGGAAACUAAGUUUUGAGGCAUUCAAGCCUGACCUUAUUUCUCGCUAG